GCAAGAUGGCGGCGCAACAGCAGGACCGCGAGAGCGCUGUGCAGCCGGCGGGGCCCGCGGCGGAGGCCGACCCGCUGGGCCGCUUCACUUGCCCCGUGUGCUUAGAGGUGUAUGAGAAGCCGGUGCAGGUGCCCUGCGGACACGUCUUUUGCUCUGCAUGCCUGCAGGAAUGUCUGAAGCCGAAGAAGCCUGUCUGUGGGGUGUGUCGCAGCGCUCUGGCACCUGGCGUCCGAGCUGUGGAGCUCGAGCGGCAGAUUGAGAGCACAGAAACUUCUUGCCAUGGCUGCCGUAAAAAUUUCUUCCUCUCCAAGAUUCGGGCCCAUGUGGCUGCCUGUUCCAAAUAUCAGAAUUACAUCAUGGAGGGUGUGAAGGCCACCACCAAAGAUGCAUCCCUUCAGCCAAGAAAUGUCCCAAACCGUUACACCUUUCCUUGUCCAUACUGUCCUGAGAAGAACUUUGAUCAAGAAGGACUUGUGGAGCACUGCAAGUUGUCUCACAGUGCAGAUACCAAGUCUGUGGUUUGUCCGAUCUGUGCCUCAAUGCCCUGGGGAGACCCCAACUACCGCAGCGCCAACUUCCUAGAGCACAUCCAGCGCCGGCACCAGUUUUCUUACGACACUUUUGUGGAUUACGACGUCGAUGAGGAGGACAUGAUGAACCAGGUAUUGCAGCGCUCCAUCAUCGACCAGUGAGCAGAGUCUGCUGUCCGUCCCGUGCUCCAGAGCUUCCAUUACUUGUUAAGCGUGAAACCUGUGACUCCCACACCUUCAAUGUACACCAGACCUGGAAGUGAGCCGUGGUUAUUGGGACAAGGCCACUUCCCACAGGGAAACAGAUUCUAGGUCAGAGCCCUCCCUUCCUUUGGGCUCUUUCCCCUACCGUUAAUCUUGUCUGCCUCCUGGUCUAGUCUUAUCAUUGCUCCUCAGCUACUUCCAGAAGCUUCUGCCACCUCUUCUGGAAGAGAUGCCAGUUUCCCCACUUGUCCUUGUUUCAGACUUGUUCCUCCCAUCCAGUGUUCAUCUCUCAGGUCCUCUGAGCCAGCCAGGACCUUUUCUGGGUCAUGAAUAGCACAAAUGAGACAAGCGUCUCUUCUGUCCCUGAGUUGUAGAGAUCCAGCGAUAGCGCAUCUGCUCAGUGAUUAAGUGAAAGUUCCUGUUAGGGAGCCCUGACAGCAGCUGCCAGAAGCUGGAGUUGCCAUCCUGACACAUUUCAAGUCCUAAUGGGUGAGUGUCCUGGGUUUAACAAGGUCGAAGGCUGAAAGUUUUAGUUGGUAUUUUGCUACUACUCCUGCUCACCCUUAGAGUUAACUGGUUCAGUCUUAAUGCCUGCAUGGUGCCUUUUUAGGAUAAGGUGUAACCAUAUAUUUUUAGUAAAAAAUAAUGUUUUCUAGGUUAGGAAAGUGAAAUUCCAUUUAUCCGUCAGUGGGGAGGAGAGUCAGCUAAGGGGAUGGGGGAUGGGGGGCAUAGCCUUUUGGUUUUGGCUCUCAAAUUCAUAAAGUCACGUUUCCUUCUCUGUGUGAGAGCCUGCUUACGUUCUUGCCCUUGAAGCACGGAAAGGAGCCCUCAGAGGAGUGAGAAGGGAGACCUGGGGCUCCAGUGGAUACUAGUUCUUUUGUCUUUUACUUGGUGACUUAGCUUAAACUGAGCAUUGUUUUUCUAUCACAAAUGGUUUCCUUAUGAAACUGGCUUCUGCAGAAUAGGUGUGUGAGAACCAGCCUUCCAAAGCCGAGAGGCUGUGGGAAGCCCGGCGCCGCAGCCUGCUUUCUCUGACAGGACACACUGUUCAAAAGGCCCAGCGUGGCCCUGGUGGCCGUUGUUAAUGGAAACUGUCUCUUAGAAACUUAUUUUGGUAUCAGCUCAAAAAGCUUGAUGUUCACUGUUUCUUCACAAAUAUUAAUGCAUUGCUGGGCGCUACCAGACUAUCUGUGGAAGCAGAACAUCUGAGCAGCUGGAAGGCAUCUGGGUUUCGGUUGUUUGUUCGUGUCAGGUAUCUAGUCUGAAUAUGGAAAUUGAGCAGCUGGUCAGUGACUGAGGUUGGAAGUGACAGAGGAUUUUGGGCCUGUGCGCUGCUGCUGGGGCCUCUUCACACCUGCCAGUGAGAGCUGCAGAGGCCUGGUGACCAGCAAAGUUGAGGCCCUUCGGGGGCAAUGUAAUUUUUUCUAAUGUGCUUUUGCUUGGGAGGGCCCAAAAGGUUAAGGUCAGCUUCUUCACUGUAACUUCUAGAAAAAGUUCACUCAGACCUCCCUCAUCUCAGUCCAAGUUGAGAGGGAAAUUUGACAAAACCUGCAUUGGAGGGAACUGAUGAGAACAUGCCAGGCUCAUGGGUGGUACCAAGAACUGAUUUCCUUGUAUUAAGUGCACUUCAUGUAUUUCUAAUAAGAUGACUUUCCAGAAAGUGAAAUUUGUUAUGUUCUGGCUUUUAAAGGUGAAAUAUAAAUAAAUUUCAUAAUUUAUCCAACCGGUAAGCUGCAGUGCUUGUUUUCAUUACUCACCA